GGCCUCUACUGCCGGUGCGCCGGAGGAGGGACCGCCCGGAGAAACGGAAGGCAGAGGCAUGCGUGCGGCCGUCGGCUUGAGUUGGCUGCUGCGCCUGCCUCGGGCGGCUCAGCUUUGCAGCGCUUCGUGCAGGAAGGAGCCACCAUCGCGGCUUCUGCAGCCCUGGCCGCCCGGCUGCCGCUGGCUCCACGGCGGCCUCAUGGCUCAGUACGGCACGGAGCAGCGGGGGCAACUCCAUUCGCCCGAGUCCCGCCUCUAUUUUAAGAAUUCAAAGGGAAAAUAUAUUUCCCCCUUCCAUGAUAUUCCUCUGUUUGCUGGACCAAAUGAGGAAAAGGAGAGUCCUGCAAAAAGAAUGAAGCUCGGUGGAAGCUCGGUUAUACUUAAUAUGAUAGUAGAAGUGCCUCGUUGGACAAAUGCUAAAAUGGAGAUUGCCACGAAGGAGCCAUUGAAUCCCAUUAAGCAAGACGUAAAGGAAGGCAAGCUGCGAUACGUGGCAAAUAUCUUUCCCCACAAGGGCUAUAUUUGGAAUUACGGUGCCUUCCCUCAGACUUGGGAAGAUCCUCAUCAUAAAGAUGGUGAUACAGGAUGCUAUGGUGAUGACGAUCCCGUUGAUGUCUGUGAAAUUGGUUCCCAGGUUCGCUCGCUUGGCGAGGUUGUCCAGGUGAAGGUGCUUGGGCUUUUAGGCCUUAUUGAUGAAGGAGAAUCCGACUGGAAGGUCAUUGCUAUCGCUGUGGAUGAUCCAGAAUCACAAAAUAUCAAUGAUAUUGAUGAUGUCAGGAAGCUCAAACCAGGUUAUCUUGAAGCUACAGUUGACUGGUUCAGAGUAUAUAAAGUACCGGAUGGGAAACCAGAAAAUCGUUUUGCUUUUAACGGCAAGUUUAAAGACAAGGUGUUUGCUCUUGAAAUAAUUAAAUCCACCCACGAAUACUGGAAAGCUUUGAUUCAUAAGAAGACUGACGGAGGAGCCAUAAAAUGCACCAACGUCCUAGUGGGUACCAGUCCCUACUGCUGCAAUGAAGAUGAUGCCCAAGCAAUUGUGGAAUCUACUCCACCUUCUGAGGAGAAACACUCUGCUGCCAAAGAAGUUGAUAAAUGGUACUUUCUUGGCCAGUGAUCAUUCAGAUUCUCUGAUCAGGUUGUGAAAUCCUGAAUGGCCUCAUCUUCGCACACCCUCACAUCUGCUGAAGAUAUGCAAGUGAAGGAACUGCAGAAUUGAUUCCACAUUCUGCAGAUGUUUGUG